CAGAUGGAUGAUUGGACAGCUGGUGUGCUGUUUCCUGUUCGGAUGCCAUGAAUUCCAGAAAAACACUUUCAGAAACAAGGAGAGGGUACACUGCUGGCAAAGCUUAUGCUACUGCACACUCAUGGCAGCUUCCACAAAUCCUCAUUGUGGAUGUCAAGCCACCCUUUUGGGCCAACACAUGUUCUAAACUUUGUGAAGCCCUGGAAAACUUCUUCUGUCUAGCAUGCAGUUUGGCAGGUCCCUGUCGCAUCCCAUUGCUGAGCCUAUAUGUGGUACAGAACCAGCACGAGUGCCUCCUUCCCUUUGUGCAAGUAAAAGGGAGCUUUCCUCGGCUUCAGACCUGCAUUUCAGAACUUCGUUCCUUACCGAGAGAAGGCUCUUUCCAACAAAAGGGAGACAGAGUGAUGCAGGCUGUGCAGGAUGGGCUCCAGCAGUUUAAACAGUACACCAGACAUAUGCUAGCAGGAGGCUCAGUGAACAGUUCUGUUGAGAUUACAGUUUUGACUAGUCAGCCAGGCAAAGACAUGGUGAAACAACUGGAAACAGGGUUAAGAGAGAUAGACCUGGUGAGUCUGCGGAAACUGCAGAUCAUAGAGAUCUCACAAGGAGACUUGCUGGAGUCAGCGGAUGUGGAGUGGCACAUACAUGCUGAGGAAGAAGUCAGCAGUGAUGACAGCGCGAUCCUGGGGAUGGACAUUGACCUUCAGACCAUAGAAAAUGAUGUUGUCAGCUUGGAGACUUUCUUUAAAACCUGGCUUCAUGAUCAUAGCACAGACAGAGAGCAGCUCCAUCUCCUCCUUCCUCCAGGAGGCUUCCGCCACUUCACUGCCCCCAGGACAAGUCUAACAUGCGUGAAAUGUGAUAUUCAGGAGAGACUGCUUAGCCCAGCUCUGCUUCCUGGGGCAGCUGAUGUCACAGUAAGAACAGAUGAUGUCAACACACCAUACCAGAUGGCAGCCUCUCCAGCUACAACACUGUAUAAACUCAGAGUCAUAAAGGCUCUGAAGGCUGAAGGGGUUUGUGAGUCAGCGCUGUUUGGGCUUCCCUUCAUCAUUAAACCUACGAGUUGUUGGCAGCUGGAUUGGGAUGAGCUGGAGAUGAACCAGCACAACUUCCAUGCUCUGUGUCACAGCUUGCUGAAGAGGGACUGGAUGCUUCUGGCCAAACGUGAGCCACAAACUGUGAGUCCAAGCUGGAGCAUCACCGUGAAUUCCUACUAUGUCAUCAUCCCCUCUGACUCCUUCACGCUGCUCGUCAAAGCCAUUGCAGUCAGAGAACUCCUGCUGCCAUGCAACGUCCCAGCCCUCCCUGCUGACCUUCCAGAGACAGCACUGAGCACCAUAGAGAGCGCCUUGAACAGUCUGGAAGUAGAACCUAGAUACAACCCCCUCCAUGUGAAAAGCAACCUCUACAAAUACCUGGUGAGCGAGUUCUCCAGACCCCAGUACCGGCAGCAGGCCCAGCCCAAGGAGCAUCACCCAGGAGAGCGGCAUCACUCCAGACAGCACCUGAGCAAAGCCAAGGCCACGGUAGCUCCCCUUCCUCUGGCUCCCCCACCGCCCAAAGCAUUCCGAUCAUCUGCUGCAAGGAAGGACGCCUGUGAGCUCCCUCUCUUCUCUGAUGAAGACAGUGAAUUCCUGGGGAGCAUGUAAUGACAAGGGCCUUUCUCUAUUACAAGCCCAAGUGUUGUGAGACACCCCCCCACACACACACACACGCCAUCCUACCCUGGCGCACACGCACAGCAGGCCCCCACGCACACGUUCAUAACACUAGGCACUCACAGCUCAGCCUGUUGCUGGCCCCAAUGCUUGCCAAGUACCACACGUGCCAGCACAGGACAAGGUCAGGCAAGUGCUGGGCCUGCUUGGCCUUGCUGUGAAAGUCGCUUCCCACCGUUCAGUUUCUUGUUGUUCUACAGUUUUGUUAGUUGCUGAGACAGUCCCCAGGGAGCCUGCUCCCCAUGGGCCCCUCUCUUGCCAUGACACCCAUUGCUACCCCACACCGCACCUCCCAUUCAUGUCAGUGCAGCACACCACGUAGCCUCAUUGGAUGGGUUCUGAGAACAAGCAUGUACAUGCUGGCAUAAUCCCGAAGCCCAAGGACCAGGAUUUGCAUGCUAAUGCGGGGAAGAGAUCUUGGGGCGAGCGGUGACCACAGGCCUCCAUGCAAGGACCUUGGCACAUGCAGAGGUGCUAGCCAGAGGCAGCUUGGGGGCUACUCCCUGCACAAGCUGCAAUGCCGAGCAGCUGUAGCCCUGCCCGAGCAGGCUCCUUGAGCUGGGUUACAAGUUUUAUCUGAGGUCCCCUGAGUCCCAGGGCAGCCCCACACCUCCCCCCAGUGGCACACAGCCAAUUGCAGAUUACUCAACACAGUGCCAUGAUCCCCAUGUCUUACACCACAGUCCCCAGGAGUCAGCAGCAGAGACUGGCAGUGCCCUGCGCUAGAACCCCUGCUCCCAGGCCACUCCAGCUGGGAAAGAUCCUUUCUCUCUGUGCCCCUCUGAGUCCGCUGGGGCUGGGCUGCAGAUGAACAGUGAUGGAACCACAGCUUACCGGUGGUCAGCUCCCUGCACAGAAUUCUGGCUAUGGGGCCAAAGGGAUGGCGUGGGAUUUCCCUGACACCUUCUCCCCAGUACACAACUAGGGGCUAGGGCCACCAGAAUUUCAGCUCAGGUGCCAAUUAGCAGUUCCCUGCAAAAGCAGAUGCUGGGGAGAGAGUAACUCCCUGGCCUAGCACAGAGUUGGCCAGAGCUUUGUGUUUAUUGGACUUUAGAGUAGUUUCCAAUUAGGGCAUCACUGGGGUUCCUUGCAUGCCCGUCUGAGCACCCAGGAGCAGUCAGAGCACUGUGUACAGGCCAGAGCAAGUCUGAGCCUCCACACUUUUAUGG